AUGACCCCCGCCCUGACAGACCCUACUGCGGCAUAUUUAGCCGCGCCUACAAAAACACCCAAUCUGGUUGCGCCAGAACCUGAACACUGUCCCGGCCCCGAAUCAGAACAAGCAGGUCAAGGUGAUGCUUGCGCCGGAUGCCCCAACCAGAGCAUCUGUGCCUCCGCGCCGAAAGGCCCCGAUCCAGAUAUCCCACUGAUCACCGCACGACUUUCGCAAGUUAAACACAAGAUCCUCGUUCUAUCAGGCAAAGGAGGCGUCGGGAAAUCAACCUUUUCAACAUUGCUCGCUCAUGCCUUUGCGUCAAAUCCCGAAUCGACCGUAUAUGUCUGCGAUACCGAUAUAAGCGGUCCCUCAAUUCCGAAGAUGAUGGGUGUUGAAGCCGAGACUAUUCACGUGAGCAAUGCGGGCUGGAGCCCUGUGUGGGUUACAGACAAUCUUGGAGCGAUGAGCAUUCAGUUCAUGUUGCCGAACCGAGACGAUGCCGUGAUCUGGAGAGGUCCCAAGAAGAACGGACUCAUCAAGCAAUUCUUGAAAGACGUGGAAUGGGGCGAAGCCGACUAUCUUAUCGUAGACACUCCUCCGGGCACAUCUGAUGAACACUUGUCCGUCAACUCAUUACUCAAAGAGUCUGGGGUAGAUGGCGCCGUGGUCGUGACAACACCGCAAGAAGUGUCAUUGUUGGACGUCAGGAAAGAGAUUGAUUUCUGCAAAAAGGCCGGUAUCAAGAUUUUGGGACUAGUGGAGAAUAUGUCGGGAUAUGUUUGUGGGAACUGUCAGACAACAUCGUAUGUUUUCCGACCAACGACGGGUGGAGGUCGACGUUUGGCUAGGAAGAUGGGCAUACCAUUUCUGGGUUCUGUGCCCCUAGACCCCCGAGUUGGUAUGGCUUKUGACUAUGGGGAAAGCUUCUUAGAGAGUUACCCGGACAGUCCGGCAUCCAAGGCCAUUCAGAGCGUGGUCCGAGCAGUUAGCGAGCAAAUUGGUGAAGAUCCGGAGAAGGUCAUCCCGUCAGAUCUGUGA